ACGUGAGUUACCCAUUCCUACAGUAGUCACGCCCAAAGCCUCCCAAAGCAGCCUUUCCAACCGAUUUCCAACCGACGUUCAACAAUUAGCGAAGAUCGGAGACUCCAUUACGAUGUCCAGACACUCGAAAAACAACACAGCGUUAGCGUUCUUCACGCACUAUGAAAAAUCGAAACUAAACUAUGGCACGACGAAGCAGAGACUCGGAAGAGAUUCUAUGAGGAAUUUUGACGCCUGUUUCUUAUGCUUGCAAAGAGCGCGAGAACCACUAUGCUGUCCUGAGGGGCAUUUAUCUUGCAAGGAAUGUAUGUACGAAAACAUCCUUGCGCAGAAGAAAGAUAUUGCACGGCAGCAAAAGCUAUACGAAGAGCAGCAGGCUUUAUUGGAGGCCGAACGUCAAAGCUCGAAAGACGCAGCAAAAGAGGCGGAAAUAGCAUUAUUCGAACAAACGGAAGCUCAGUUCCUGCCGACAUCGAUGAAGGCGUUUGUGGAGAUAGGGGAUGACAAGAGGCUGAUGAGUGGGAAAGUGUACAAGAUGGUGCAUACCGCAGAUGGGGUGGUAUAUCAAUACGAUAAAGACGAGAACCGGACGAGGGCGGAGGAGACGGCUAAGUUGACAAAUCCGGAGACAAAGACGAUUGGCGUGGACCCGAAAGGCAAAUCGCUACCUAGUUUCUGGAUCCCAUCGCUGACGCCGGAUGCAAAGAUCGAGAUUGUUCACGCCCCGAAGUUGGAGACGAUGUGCACAGCAACAGAAACUCCACAUCCAUAUCAAACGACUCAUAGAGACCAAGUUCACCAGCGCGAAAGGCGAUCCGACACAGCUGGAUGUUGCGCCAAGUUCGUGCGACCGAGUCUGAAAUGUCACAUAUGCGAAAAGAAGUGCAAAAUAAAGGAUAUCGUGGAACUUGAUGGAGAAGGGACGGGUUUUGUCAGUGGUGGGGGCAAGGUGGAAAGCUCGAAAACGUCAGUUGCGUUCCAGUAGUGAUGAUGCGAAUCCAGAUCAAGUGGAUAGUCGCUCGUAUGAGCACGAGGGAUAAUAGGAAGGUUUGCCCAUCGCGGAUUCAAGCGGUGCACGUGUACAUA